AUGCGGUGCGCGAGCAAGGCCGCCGAGAGCGCGUCCACACGUCUCUGUGCGGACGCCGAAGCAGAAACCGCAGCAACUGAUGUCUCAUCGGUUGCUGAAGCGACUCAGCCUGUGUCACCUGGUGAUGCAGGCGCUCGUCAUGAAGACACUCAUGUCUUCUCAGAGUAUGAGCUCGAUGUCUCAUACUCUCCUGAUACGGAAGACGGAUCCGUAUCGACGGCGAUCGAAACCAAGCCGCCUGCCAAGCGUGGCAUGGAUGAUGCUAUGCGUCGUAGCAUCUUUGGUUCAUCUGAUGAAUCAGAUGAACCAUCGCCGAAGCGAAGGCGCUCGAAGUCGCAAGACUCGGGCUCUCACAGUGGUGUCGUUCUCCUAUGGACACCACUUCGCAACGAGGCGCCAGUACUUCUAUCGGCACGUCGCAAGAAGAGCGGGACCGCAGUGUCUUGCGUCUCGCUCCCGAGAAGAAGGCAUGGAUGCCUCCCAAAUCCGUCAUGGAUCACUUGCCGGUGA